AUGGAACCCAAAAUGGUUCUACCUGGAACCAAAAAGAGUUCUCCUAUGGGGACAGCCGAAGAAAAAAACGUUCCAAAAGAGUUCUAAGACAGUAGAAGUUGAACUGACAUGUGCCCAGUGGGUAGCUUUCAGAUGUCAGGUCUCCCUGUUCUAUCAGGCUUAUUUUCAUCUGAAAUCUUUCAUAUUAUACCAAGUCUAUUUGUCUGUCCCAAUGUCCAAAUGCCAUGUUGGCUUUCUCCUUGUUUUCUUUUUACACAAUCUUAAAUAAAUGUAACCUAACUGUAAAAUCUACGUGCUUGAUUGGCAUGUAGUAAGCCCUCUAUGCUGCCUUCCAGAACAUGUAAUAAUCUACUGCAUCCAUGGGAACAGAUAUCCAGCCGUCCAACAGUUUUACACCAAUCCUGGAUGGUCCCUUAUCUCCAAGUGUUUUCAUUUGAAGUUAAUGAUUGUAGAGAGGAUUAUCCCUGUCUCUCAUAUUCGUGUAAGGUUAUAACUGAGAGGACUUUUUUUUGAUGGUGCCCUAUCCAACAUUUCACACUAAAACAAAUGUUACUGAAAUGAAUGCAAUCUGUGGAUAGGAGCAUUACAGUUUGAGUCCUUGAGUGAUUCAGUAUCCAUAUGUUCCUAAAAACUGGACAUUGUCUUCUCUUUCUACAAGUGCUUAUAUCUAUAUGUACUAGAAUUGUUUUUCCAACGUACUGACUCGUGCAAUGGAAUGGAAUGGCUGAUCUAUGGCUGAUCUAUUUUUCUCAAAGCUGACUGCUUCUCUGGAAAGUCUAAUCAGUCAAAUGUUGAGCAAUCUGGUCUUGGAGUCCAUAAGUACUGGAGGAUUUCUUGUUGGAGAACCCUUUUCAUGCUUUGAAAGUCACAACUGUGUCAGGCUGACCAUACAUGGUGUUCUACCACUAGAACUAUACCAACCGUUCUAUUUAAUUGUAGAUCGGAAGGCGGGCCAAACCCAAUUCAUCAAGUCAGAUAUAAUGAUCAUUCCGUUUUAGAAUCUUGGUAGGCAGUGGAGUGAAUUCUGUAUAUUUUGUCCUUGGGUGAUGAUUAACUAAAGGUGUGUUUAUGGUUAGCUGACACCAAGACUGUGUUCUUCCACGCUUUUGUUAGGAUAAGGGGACCACACAAGGAAGUCUUGCCUAACAGGAGAAUGCAUUUCUAGUCAUUCUCAACUUUAUUCAACCUCAACAAAUACGGUAGACUUAACAAAUAGGAAUAUUGGACAUUUGUUCUUGGAAUUCUAGUACGUUUGUAUAAGGAUGUUUCUUUCAAUUGUGGAUGUCUAUUGUAAGUGUCAAAGAACUGCAAUAAUCCCAACAUUUUAUCUGCAUUAAUACAUUUCUGAGGUGCUUAUCUAGUUGACUGAGAAUUUAUUUGCUAUUGUUUUGUUUUCUUGGAAUACUGAAAAAAGGUUGGACUCAAUUUGAACAAAAUGUAUUUAUUUUGACAUUCUUGAUCAAAUCAAACAUUCCUUCUCUACUUAGUGAAAGUUAAAUAUCAAUGCUACACCUGUUCUGUAAUUCACAUACCAUUUAUCUGAUUAAAUUGUAAAUAGGAAAAAUAGUGUGCAUUGGAAAGAAAGGAAAUUAAACAUUAGCAACAUUGCCUAACAUUCAACCUGUAAGAUCUAAGUGGCGACCAGUGGGUGAAAGUGGUUAGAUAGUGAAGAUUAGAUAAGUGUUGGUCUCUGCCGGAGGGAUCUCUUCUGUACUCAUUAACCAUGACGACGGGUACAGGGGGCCCAGUGGCCUCGUUCUCUGUGUGGGACUAUGUGGUGUUUGUGGGCACAGUCCUGGGGGCGGCCGGCAUCGGCCUGUUCCAAGCCAUCCGGGGCCGCAAGAACACCAGCAGCGAUGAGUUUCUGCUGGGGGGCCGUCAGAUGACAGCGGUGCCCGUCGCCAUGUCCCUCACUGCCAGCUUCAUGUCUGGCAUCACCGUGAUCGGCACUCCAGCAGAGGCCUAUCGGUUUGGGGCGGCCUUCUGGAUAUUUGGCAUCUCCUAUGCCAUCAUGUCCAUCAUCACCGCUGAAAUCUUCGUCCCUCUCUUCUACCGCCUGGGCAUCACCAGCACCUACGAGUAUCUAGAGAUGCGUUUCAACAAGUUGAUUCGGGUGAUCGGGACCACCAUGUACAUCAUACAAACGGCCCUGUACACUGGUAUGGUCAUCUACGCCCCAGCUCUUGCUCUCAAUCAAAUCACAGGGCUGAACCUCUGGGGAGUGCUGGUGGCCACUGGGGUGGUGUGCAUCAUCUACUGCACCCUGGGAGGUCUGAAGGCGGUCAUAUGGACAGACGUGUUUCAGAUGGUGAUCAUGUUAGCAGGCUUCGUGGCCGUCAUUGCCAGGGGGGCUGUCAUCCAGGGAGGUCUGGGGAAGAUCUGGGAUGACUGCUACCAAGGAGGCAGGCUCAACCUUUUUGAUUUUGAUCCGGACCCUUUGAAGCGUCACACGUUCUGGACGAUCGUGGUUGGUGGCAGUGUGAUGUGGGCAUCCAUCUACUCCAUCAACCAGUCACAGGUGCAGCGUUACAUCUCCUGCAAAACCCUAACUCAAGCCAAACUGUCACUGUAUGUGAAUAUGAUUGGUCUCUGGGUGACUGUGAGCUUAGCAGUGUUCUCCGGCCUCACCAUGUACUCCAUUUACAAAAACUGUGAUCCACUCACUAAUGGUGAUGUAGGGGCACUUGAUCAGCUGCUUCCAUACCUGGUAAUGGACAUCCUGGCAGCCUAUCCUGGAGUCCCUGGGUUGUUUGUUGCGGCAGCAUACAGUGGUACACUGAGUACUGUAUCCUCCAGCAUCAAUGCGCUGGUGGCUGUCACUGUAGAGGACUUCAUCAGGCCAGUGUACAAAAACCUGACAGAUAAACAGGUGACCUGGAUGAACAUGGGCCUCAGUGUUUUCUUCGGAUUUUUGUGCAUUGGGAUGGCUGCAAUAGCUUCACUGAUGGGGAGCAUUCUACAGGCAGCCCUGUCCAUAUUUGGAAUGAUCAGUGGCCCUCUUCUUGGGCUUUACCUCUUAGGCAUGUUCUGGCGCACAGCAAACUCAACAGGGGGACUCACAGGGCUGAUUGCGGGCCUUGUUAUUACCCUGUGGGUGGGGAUUGGAGCUCAGAUAUACCCACCCUUAGCUGAUAAGACCAACCCCCUGCCAAUCAGUGUGGCAGGCUGUAACCGCACACAGGACCUGAACUACACCACCCUGGCCCCAUGGACCAGUGCAGUAACACUGACCCCUCUGCCUGAUGACCGUCCGGCUCUGGCAGACUCUUGGUACUCCCUGUCCUACUUGUACUUCUGUCUUCUGGGCACUUUGGUGACUGUGAUCGUGGGCUUGGUGGUAAGCGCUAUCACAGGUGGCUGCAAGCAGGAGAAGCUAAGCUCAGAUCUCUUUGUAAGGAGAAGUGAUCUAUUCUGCGCUGGCUGUGGCAAGGACUCAGAGUCAUCAGAACCUGAGAUAAAUGAAAAGGCUGGGUCAGAGCUGAAGAGGGGAUCAAACAACGCUGGAUUCCAAGACCCUCAGUUUAACAUAGUGGAGAAGGUCUCUAAAAUGUGAUGCUGCCACCAAGCUAAAUGCACUCUGUCAACUGGAGUGCUCCAAGGGAACGAUUUUUCCUCUCACCUUUCCGUUCUAGUUUUAUUGUAAUGAAAUUCAUUACUAAGAGAAGGAACCCCAAGUGUGUAAUAAUGCAGGUUGAUACAGUUGAUCAACUAGCUAGCUCAUGUAUGUUAGGCUAACCAGCUAUCUAAAUCUUAUAGUUAUCAUAGCCAGAUUACUUGCCCAGGUGCCUCAACCCCCAGGGGGUCUCCAUUGAUUUUGUAGAGUCAUUAAAGUAUCAUAUGAACACUCAUAAGACAUGGCAAAAUGUGUAGAAUUGCAGGAAAUUUGCUUUAAAACUGUAAAAUGUUCUCUAAACCAACAAGAGGUGUGUGAACAGUUUAGGAUCCCAUGUGUUGUGAGGUGGUUUGUUACUAUCCCAAUACAUGACAAUAUCCAUCCAGCCACCUAGGAAAUGUGUGUGACCAGACCUUCUCAAAUAGUAGUUGAGCAUCCCUGACCUAGGCCAUGGAAGGGUACUGCAAUUUAAAGCAAUAGUUGUAAGGUAGGACUUUUCAACCAUGUGUUAAGAUAAAACAAUAUAUAAUAAUGUACAUCUAACUUAAUUGUCAGUACAAAUAAGCAUAUGCAGUUCACAUGUAAUCAUAUUUAUUUUGUGUUUACAGCACUACACUGGCUGAUAUGAGACAUUUUACAGUAUGUAAUAUUAAUUUUGUGGAUAUAAAGAU